CUCUCUCUCGCUCUCUCUCUCUCUUCAGCUUCGUGUUUGACUUGACCUUUUAGUUACAACGUCCCUAGAAGUUUCGAGCACGCAUACCCGAAUCAACAGGGCAUGGCCCUCCCCAGUCAAGUCAACUGCUUGUGCUUUGGGCUGCUCAGGAACCGAAGCUGAUCUUUGGCUUCCACGCCUGCCGGUCCAAUCUCGAUGCUCUAAUGAUGAACCCCAUUUGGUAGUAAUCCGUGCCUCUUCCGCUUCCUCUUCUUUCCUGUCUUUGAGCAUCUCUGCGUGGGAGAGCUUCCGAUUUAGCAGAAACAGGUGUUGGGUUUUUCUUUUCUCCUUGUGGGAGAGUUAAAGUAAUCAAGUUUUGGAUAGAUGAUCUUUGGUUUGGUGCUGAUACUCUUUGUUUGGUAUCCGAUUGGUUUGAUGGCUGAAGAAAUCAAUGAUCCUUUCGUACAAAUAGACAGGAUCCGUUGAAAGGUCUCAAUACAAUAGAUUUGAUUCCAUUCGGGUUAUAUAUAGAACUAACCCGGAGAAAGAAGACAUUUUGGGGGUAUUAAUUGAUCGCAGACUGCUGUUUAUAGGGGCAAAAUCUCGAAAUUUUGGAGAAGGGAUAUAGAUUUUCACAGGUUUUUUUAUGAUAUCUUGGUUGAAUUUUGUCUGGAAAUCAAGUCAAAAAUGUUCCAAAGGAUAGUGAAUGUAGAUGAAGGAAAAGACCCUUCAUCUGUAAUCAGGAAUUACCAGCCCAGGGCAUGUCCAUGGAGACUCCUCCACUAUUUCUUGUUGUUUGUGCUUGUGGGUCUUGGAUUGUUGAUUUUAAGCAUGAAUACGAUACGAUACUUUGGAGUCCAAAAUCAACCUGUACAUAAGAGUAGACCUUUCCUCUGCCUUGAAGAGCCAUUUAGUAUAGAGAGCAGGUUUAGCACCCCGUCAAGUUUAUUACAUGCCAUGAGCGAUGAGGAGCUCUUUUGGAGGGCAUCUUUUGUGCCUCUGAUGAAGACGUAUCCACUUAAGAGAGUUCCCAAGAUUGCCUUCAUGUUCUUGGUGAAAGGUCCAUUGCCGUUUGCCCCUCUUUGGGAGAGGUUUUUCAAGGGGCAUAAAGAGCUGUACUCGAUCUACAUCCACUCCCUACCUUCGUAUGGUGCUGAAUUCCCACCUUCAUCAGUGUUCUAUGAGCGACAAAUCCCAAGCCAGGUGGUGGAGUGGGGGUUGAUGAGCAUGUGUGAUGCAGAAAGGAGACUCCUGGCAAACGCCCUGCUUGACAUGUCCAACGAAUGGUUCAUCCUCGUCUCUGAAUCGUGCAUCCCGAUCCAGAACCUCACAACAGUCUAUAAUUACAUAUCACGAUCCAAGUACAGCUUCAUUGGAUCUUUCGAUGAAGAUGGACCCUAUGGGAGAGGACGCUACAACAAGAAGAUGGCACCAGAGAUCAACCUUACCGAGUGGCGUAAAGGUUCUCAGUGGUUUGAAGUGAAUCGUGAACUCGCCAUAGACAUAAUAGAAGAUUCGACCUACUACCCUAUGUUCAAGAAGUUUUGCAGACCUACAUGUUAUGUGGAUGAACACUACUUCCCUACGAUGCUAACCAUCCAAUCUCCGGAUCUCCUGGCAAAUAGAAGCAUCACUUGGGUGGACUGGUCGAGAGGCGGUCCGCACCCUGCUACUUUUGGCGAAGCCGAUAUCACGAAGGAAUUUUUCAAGAAAAUCCUGGAAAACUCCUCGUGCAGUUACAAUGAUCGACCUUAUUCGCUUUGUUUCCUCUUUGCUAGGAAGUUUGCUCCUGGUGCUUUAGAUUCUCUGUCAGCUUUAGCAUCGGAAGUUUUUGGAUUUUGACGGAAGUUUAGGGAAGAACAUUUACUAGAGUUUUUCUGAAGUUUUAUACCUUGAAUAUUUUGCCUUUGGUAGGGCUUAUUAAAAUGCAAUGUCACAGAUCAUUUUUACACGA